AGGAAGAAUACUUUGUAGCAAAGAAUACGAAAAAAAUGUUUUUUGUAGUGACACGAAUAGAGUUGUAACUUACGCCGUGACAUUCGAAAAACAAAAUUGAAGAUCAUUUUAACACGAUGACGAAUUCUCUCAAAUCCAAGAUUGUCAAGCUAUUUGAAACUUAUAAGAAGAUUAUUGUCGAAAAUCCUCAGAUGGUGUCGGAAAUCGAAGUUGCGAUCAAAUGGCUGUCAUACUUCAGUGUUGGGCAUUUCAACAACUCAAGUUUGGCUUUGGAAGUCAUUUAUUCAAUGCCGAACUUAAUUAUGUUAUCCAAUGAUAUGCUUAUGUAUCAUAGCAGUAGCCUGCAUCCAAAGAUACCGCAGUAUGAGUCAAAAGUUAAAAUUUUAUUGACUAUGUUGGAAUAUAUGCAGACACUGUUAGAGGCAAUAGGCAAGAAGUUUGGAGGAGAAAUGGGAAGGUGGUUAAUCAUUGCAAUUGUACAAUUGGCUAAAGCAAUAUUGCGACUUUUAUUGAUUUAUGUAUAUAAGGAACGUAUAACAAAGAAUCCUUCAGUGCCACCACUUAACAGAAAAACCUUUAAUAAAGCUACCGAUAAUUUACAAUUGAAGGGAGGAUUCAGAUUAAAAAGAUCCGGCAUUGUUGUUAGAACUGUAAAAUAUGCAGAACCCGUACAAUUACGGACCUGGAAAGCUCUGCCUUCCGAUGCAGAUGAAAAUCAAAAUCUUAGUAAAAAUCAGUGGUCCGACACAAGUCUCAAGCUAGCUGAGAGUCUUAAUGUGAUAAAGCCAUUAGUCUAUCUUGGAUGCAUAUCUGCUACUAGUCAACGCCAUUGGCAACCUUGGUUGUUAUCACUUCUUGUUGAUACAACUAGUUUAUAUAUCUUCUCUCGCUGCUCUCGGAGCACAGUGUUCAGCAAAGAGGAGAACAUGGAACUCACAAGUCGGCAGAUAAGUUUGCUAUUGUACAUUCUAAAGUCGCCAUUUUAUGAGAAAUAUGGCCGCGGUAAGAUAAACGCGUUGCUCGACAGGAUAUCUGCCUGCGUGCCUCUUACCAGCUUAUUAAUGAAUUCUCUCAAGAGAAACUUGGAGUAUAUUAACAGUAUGUAUUUUUAUACGUCGUAAAUCAUCAUACUGUAAGUGAACUUGAUACAUUCGGGACGUGAGUGAGAUGAUUUUUGGCUCCGUACGUUUGCAAAGAAUUGGAACGUAAUCUGAACAUUCCUAAUAUUAACGAAUAAUCGCAGAGGUAAUGUAGUACAAUGUAAUAUUUUUGUACUUUUACUUGUAUUAUAUCUUCGGAUAGAUAGUAAAUUCUACCAUAUCGUUUA